UACCCCGCCCAUCAGGUGAAGUCCUUGAGGGCUGCUUUUGCGGCGCUGCUCCUCCUAGGAUGGCUACCCUGGUUGUAAACAAGCCUGGAGCGGGACUAGACAGUGGUCGUCAGGGCAGCCGGGGGACGGCCGUGGUGAAGGUGCUGGAGUGUGGAGUUUGUGAAGAUGUCUUUUCUUUGCAAGGAGACAAAGUUCCUCGCCUUCUGCUUUGUGGCCACACAGUCUGUCAUGACUGUCUCACUCGGCUGCCUCUUCAUGGAAGAGCAAUCCGUUGCCCUUUUGAUCGACAAGUAACAGACCUAGGAGAUUCAGGUGUCUGGGGAUUGAAAAAAAAUUUUGCUUUAUUGGAGCUUUUGGAACGACUACAGAAUGGACAUAUUGGUCAGUAUGGAGCUGCAGAAGAAGCCAUUGGGAUAUCUGGAGAGAGCAUCAUUCGUUGUGAUGAAGAUGAAGCUCACGUUGCAUCUGUAUAUUGCACUGUAUGUGCAACUCACUUGUGCUCAGAGUGUUCCCAAGUUACCCAUUCUACAAAGACAUUAGCAAAGCACAGGAGAGUGCCUCUAGCUGAUAAACCUCAUGAAAAAACCAUGUGCUCUCAGCAUCAGGUGCAUGCCAUUGAGUUUGUUUGCUUGGAAGAUGGCUGUCAAACUAGCCCACUCAUGUGCUGUGUCUGCAAAGAAUAUGGAAAACACCAAGGUCACAAGCAUUCAGUAUUGGAACCAGAAGCUAACCAGAUCCGAGCAUCAAUUUUAGAUAUGGCUCAUUGCAUACGGACCUUCACUGAGGAAAUCUCAGAUUAUUCCAGAAAAUUAGUUGGAAUCGUUCAGCACAUUGAAGGAGGAGAACAAAUAGUGGAAGAUGGAAUUGGAAUGGCCCACACAGAACAUGUACCAGGUACUGCGGAGAAUGCCCGAUCAUGUGUCCGAGCUUAUUUUUCUGAUCUACAUGAAACUCUGUGUCGUCAAGAAGAAAUGGCUCUAAGUGUUGUUGAUGCUCAUGUUCGAGAAAAACUGAUUUGGCUCAGACAGCAGCAAGAAGAUAUGACUAUUUUGUUAUCCCAGGUUUCAACAGCCUGUCUCCAUUGUGAAAAGACUUUGCAACAGGAUGAUUGUAGAGUUGUCUUAGCAAAACAAGAAAUUACAAGGUUACUGGAAACAUUGCAAAAGCAGCAGCAGCAGUUUACAGAGGUUGCAGAUCACAUUCAGUUAGAUGCCAGCAUCCCUGUCACUUUUACAAAGGACAAUAGAGUUCACAUUGGACCCAAAAUGGAAAUUCGAGUUGUUACGUUAGGAUUAGAUGGUGCUGGAAAAACUACUAUUUUGUUUAAAUUAAAACAGGAUGAGUUCAUGCAGCCUAUUCCAACAAUUGGUUUUAAUGUGGAAACUGUAGAAUAUAAAAAUCUAAAGUUCACCAUUUGGGAUGUAGGUGGAAAACAUAAAUUAAGACCAUUGUGGAAACAUUAUUACCUCAAUACCCAAGCUGUUGUAUUUGUUGUUGAUAGCAGUCACAGAGACAGAGUUAGUGAAGCACACAGUGAACUUGCAAAGUUGUUAACAGAAAAAGAACUCCGAGAUGCUUUGUUACUGAUUUUUGCUAACAAACAGGAUGUUGUUGGAGCUCUGUCAGUAGAAGAAAUCACUGAACUUCUUAGUCUCCAUAAAUUGUGCUGUGGCCGAAGCUGGUAUAUUCAGGGCUGUGAUGCUCGAAGUGGUAUGGGACUAUACGAAGGGUUGGACUGGCUCUCACGGCAACUUGUGGCUGCUGGAGUAUUGGAUGUUGCCUGAUUUUAAAUGCAGUUGUUUAAAGUUUUGGUUAAGAGUUAUUUUGCACAUAAUAUGAUGUAAGAAAUUAUACAUCUCAAAGGUAGUUAAUUUACGAUGUAUAUAUAAAAGGAAUUUUAGUUUGGGAAUUCAGUACAAUAUUGCUUUUAAAAAACUCUGUAGUAAAAUUUAAAUAUCUGAUGGAGCAGAUUAAAUUGGAUUAAAUAGGGACUUACUGGGUAUACAUUUUUUUUAACGUACAUUUGUUAUUUAAUUUUUUCAGAUUACAUGUGACCCAUAUAUUGGGAAAGAAGUAGUCACAAAGAGUAGGUGAAAGUUUAUUCUUUCAAAGGAAAAAGGAUAGCCAACUGAGUGCCUAAUGGAACCUCUGUAUGAAGCAAGUGAAGCAUGGCUUCUUCAACUUGGCUUUUCACUGGAUUUUGGCAGUAUUUAGUAGCAAAACUGGCAGUGACUUAAUGAAAUACAAUUCAAACUGCAUCUUUGCGUAAUAGGAUUACUUUAACGUUCAGUAUAACAGAACAGCUUUAAUGCUAAGAACUAUGAGCUAUAGAAAUUAAUAUUUUAUAGUGUUUUAUUAAAGCUCUCCUAAAGCCUUUUGUAUAAAACCCAGUGAGUCAGAAUGAAAUGUAAUCUAACUAGGCCUGAUGUUCGAUUAGUACUACACUGAAGAACAAUUAAUAAUAAAACUGUGAAAGUCAGUUAUAUUCUAGUUGAUCUUCACUUAUGAAAGACCCAUUUGCAGGGCUGAACCUGAAUGUAUUAUUUCCCAGGUCAGAGCUCUAAAUUUGUCCUUCUGUUUUUCAGUAUAUUUAAAGUACUUAGCAUUGUGUCUUUUAAAAAUAACAGUGCAUCUUCAGUGAGAAUGACUAUAGGUAAAAUGUAGUAAGUUACACACAGAAACGAGGGUUGGUUUUACAUAAAAGGUAGAGAUAUAAGUAGAAAACUACCUCUACCACAGAGAAGUUAUUUAUGCAGUGGAAAAUGCUUAUUACAAUUACUUUAAAAUGUUUUCCUGGGCUUCCCUGGUGGCGCAGUGGUUGGGAGUCCGCCUGCUGAUGCAGGGGGGCGCGGGUUCGUGCCCUGGUCCGGGAGGAUCCCACGUGCCGCGGAGCGGCUGGGCCCGUGAGCCAUGGCCGCUGAGCCUGGGUGUCCAGAGCCUGUGCUCCGCAAUGGGAGAGGCCACGGCAGUGAGAGGCCCGUGUACUGCAAAAAAAAAAAAAAAAAAAAAAAAAAAAAAAGUUUUCCCAAAAUAAGUGUAUUUAUGUUAACAAUAAAAUGUGGUCAAGGCUUUUCAUGACAAAGCCUUGAAAAGUUGUUUGAGAAACAUGUCUAAGGAAAAGAAAUGUUCAAAAAGUUUACAUCACAUUUAUCAUGCAGUGUUGAGUAGAAGUUUAAAAAGUUUGUGUUCUUUACUGUUUUUCAUUUUUUAAGGAAACUCCCUUAUUAUGGCAGUACGAUUUAUAUUUAAACAUACCUAGAUUGAAUUUUAUGGUUUUUAUUUUUCUUUUUAAAUGCUCUUUAUACUUUAGGAUGAGGUUAAAUCCUAAAUCUUAUUAUUUGAAACGCUAGAGGACAUUGAUGUCUGAUGAUAAGAUGUGUCUCCUGGGUGGCACUGUUUUGGUUCAGUCUCUUCAAAUGUACUUUUGUUUAAAAACAACAAAACUUUUAGAAAACAAAGCAUUAAAAAAAACCCAUCAGUAUUAUGGGCAGUGUGUAAAUAAGUAAUAUUACAUCCUUUAUUUUUCAAGUAAAAGGUCAUGCUGUUACAAGUGUAGUUUGUGCAUAUAAGUUAAUACUUCUGAAUUAAAUUAACAUUUGACUGAUUGCAAUAAAUGUGAAAAAUAAAAAAGGUGUUACAUUUGCCUGUGAGCCCUUGAACUAUUUCUCUACUAGGUAAUUGGAAAAAAAAAGUCUAACACUAACAUGUAAACUUGCAUUUUCC